CAGAGCCGGCACUGUGCCACUCACCGCUCUCGGUCUCUUGCACGACGUACGCCCUAAGCGACCGUUGCCGAUCUUUUGAAUCGGAUUAGCGAACGGAAGUAACACUAAUAACCAACCAAGAUGUGUGAUGAUGAUGUUGCCGCACUAGUUGUGGACAAUGGGUCCGGUAUGUGCAAAGCGGGAUUCGCCGGAGAUGACGCACCACGUGCUGUCUUCCCCAGCAUUGUUGGACGCCCACGUCAUCAAGGUGUGAUGGUCGGCAUGGGUCAAAAGGACAGUUACGUAGGAGACGAAGCGCAAAGCAAAAGAGGUAUACUUACUUUAAAGUAUCCUAUAGAACACGGUAUCAUCACCAACUGGGAUGAUAUGGAGAAGAUCUGGCACCAUACCUUCUACAAUGAACUGCGUGUCGCUCCGGAGGAACACCCAGUUCUCCUCACCGAAGCCCCUCUGAAUCCAAAAGCUAACCGUGAAAAGAUGACCCAGAUUAUGUUCGAAACUUUCAACAGCCCUGCCAUGUACGUCGCCAUCCAGGCCGUGCUGUCGCUGUACGCCUCCGGUCGUACCACCGGUAUUGUCUUGGACUCGGGUGACGGUGUUUCUCACACCGUACCCAUCUACGAAGGUUAUGCCCUUCCUCAUGCCAUCCUCCGUUUGGACUUGGCCGGUCGUGAUUUGACCGACUACCUUAUGAAGAUCUUGACCGAAAGAGGUUAUAGCUUCACCACCACGGCUGAGCGAGAAAUUGUCCGCGACAUCAAGGAAAAACUUUGCUACGUCGCCCUGGACUUUGAACAGGAAAUGGCCACUGCCGCAGCUAGCACCUCUCUUGAGAAGAGCUACGAGUUGCCUGAUGGACAGGUCAUCACCAUCGGUAACGAGAGGUUCCGUUGCCCGGAAGCUCUCUUCCAACCAUCCUUCUUGGGUAUGGAAUCCUGUGGUAUCCACGAGACCGUGUACAACUCCAUCAUGAAGUGCGAUGUCGAUAUCCGUAAGGACCUGUAUGCUAAUACUGUAUUGUCUGGUGGUACUACCAUGUACCCGGGUAUUGCCGAUCGUAUGCAAAAGGAAAUUACCGCCCUGGCUCCAUCGACCAUCAAGAUCAAGAUCAUUGCGCCCCCUGAGAGAAAGUACUCUGUAUGGAUCGGUGGAUCCAUUCUGGCUUCCCUGUCCACUUUCCAACAGAUGUGGAUCUCCAAGCAGGAAUACGACGAGUCCGGCCCAGGCAUUGUCCACCGCAAGUGCUUCUAAGAUGUUGCACCUAACACGGCAGUUCAUCAUAUUUACCUGCUUUCUUUUCUUUUUCCAUUUGUAAUCGCGAUUUUCGAUCCGCGACCUAGGUGUACUUUGGCUGGAGAGAAGAAAAAGAAAAGAAUGCAGAAUUGAGGGAGGGACGGGGAGAAACUAGGUUUGGGAAAGGAAAAUUGCUGAAGUGCCUUUAUUCUACACAUUUAUCAGACUGUACUUUAUUAUGUAGUUUAUACAACAUGACUGUUUGUUAUUGACGUUAAUUAAUUUAUCGACAAUAAUCUCCUUGGCCAUCACAACGAGUCCUGGAUCUUGUAAACACGUAUACGCAGACUUAUAUGCAUCAUUCUGGCACACGCACAUAUGCACACAUACAAAGGCUUUCUUGAAAUCGUAAGCACACGUAAUUUGGCAUUUGCGAUACGCACGGGGUGGUAAUCGACGAGGAUGUCAAGUAUAUGAUAUGGGAAACCAUAACCAGGCGCAUCGACGUUGGCUCAUAUUGCUGCCUGGCGUAUU